UUUCUUGAUCUUCAUCACCAGUUCUUUUAUUUUGCCCUAGUCACACACCAGCCUCAGCAAACCAAAAAAGCGCAGACAUGUCGUUCAUGAAAGGAGAUUUGUUAACGAAAACAAGGAAACUCGUCAAAGGUUUAGCCAAACCUCAGCCUGUUUGGCUCAAAGCCAUGGAACAUGCCCCGCCGGCAACUUUUCCUCGUCCUGAUGGAAAACUUAAGACUAUCAGUCUUCCAGAGGAUGUUUACAUCAAAAAAUUCUUCCAGAAAUAUCCAGCCUCGAAAGGUCAUGAUGCCAUCAAAAUAGCUGCUUAUGAUCCUCCCCCGGCACGUCUAUUUGGUUUGCGAGUGCUUGAAUUGAAAGAGCAGGGAGUUUCUGAGGCGGAAGCAAUGACCGUAGCUGAUAUGGAAUAUCGAAAGGAGAAGAAAGAGAAGAAGGCAGCGUAUUCUCGUUUAAAACAAAUCGCCCAUCUUCAAGGGAAGAAGCCUCCACCAAACCCAUACCCUAGUGCGAUCAAGGAGAGACAAGCUCAAGAGAGAAAGCUUGUCCGUGAACGUUUCUCGAAUCCAGAAAUAUUGAACAUUGUUGAUAAAAUGAGAGAGGAGAAGAGAAGAGAGAGGUACGAGGGAACGGCAGGGAGUGGCUAUUGAUAU